AUGGCACCCAGUGCACUAUAUAGCCAUAUCCGCAGUAACGGCCACGCCAUUACCAAAGUACAUCGCGAGGCUCAAGAUGAGUUACAAAUAGUCGAUCGACUCCUGGAGCCCCAAACCAUCGUCCACUUUCUAGAAUGUUGUAACGGAGCUCCACUUCCUAACGGGAAGCAGUCGACGCUACCCCAAUUAACAUCCGAGGAGAUUCGUAGUCUCUCUGCUAACCCGGGGGAUGACCCCAACGGCGAGCCGUUUCUGCAAAGAGUGUUGAAAAGAAUUGGGUCCACGGAGGACGGCGAUCGUCUUUGCCUUGUGGGGAAGAAUAUCCACUCGGCCAAAAGUCGAGCGUGGGAGGGCAUCAUCCCACUUUCGGAGCAGCGUUGGCGUGAGAAGGAACUUGACCAUCUUGCUAAUUUUCAGGUUGCGUGUCAGUAUCUUUCUUCUGUGCUUGCUGUCUUCGAGUACCUUAACAAGGCGCGUGUUGCGCAGAAUCUGCGAGAUACGUUUAACCUUAUCUAUGGACAUUGGGAGGAGUACGAUGCGGUUUUGAAUGAACAGCGUCUUCAGCUGGAUCAGGAGCCUGUUAGUGUGGCUAAGCGGUGGGCAGAGUUUAUUAAAGCUCAUUAUGAGGUGAUGACUGAGCGUGCGCAUCGAUGGGUCAUUUCCCAUGUGAACACACUGCGCGCGCCCCUUCUGGAGGGAUUAUUGUCACAUCGUCCGAUGAAUGAGGAUGUGGCAGAUAGGGUGCAGUGGAAGAUGACAGAUGCUCUACAUGUACUCAUGGAGAUCUCGGCGGUGGCGGAUUAUACGAUCAUGAUACCUAUGCAUGGGUAUAAGGGGUAUACUGUGCCUGCAAUUGAUACCGGUAUUCCGCCAGGGCUUAGGUCGUCCGAUUAUGAGAAGCGGCAUAAAGAAUAUCACCAGAGGUUGAAGUUGGCUUCUCGCAUGACCAUGUUCCAGAAUAUAGGUACCGCAUCUCGAGGUGUUCGUGAAGGCAUGGGAUCGCCGGAAUCACUCCACCGUACAGCUCUGCAGCAGAUUGAGAGCCAGAACAAGGUCCGACGGGAAACGAGGGGCGAUCCUAUAGAGCCAGUUCCGCGUGAGCCGUGGAUUAUGAAAAGCUUAGCUAGGGUGGAAACAUCACAGAACGGUCCUGUUGGCGGAUUUGGACUUGCCAUCUACCGUCUGAGCUACAAGCAGAAUGAGGCUGAAUGGGCGGAGUUUUUGCAAAAGUUCGAGGCACAUACCGCAGACUGGGGUCGGGGUCAAACGGGGUCUAACGCUAUUAAACCACUUUUGAAGCUACAUUGGUUGGACGGAAAGGCUGUGGGGAUCCCAGAAGGGGACAUCGAUGCGGCGAAAAAACAUUUCAACGACCAUGCCACCCCCUCGUUCGAGGACAAGGACCGUAUCAACGACACCGCAUUUCUGGUCAUUGAUGAUGCCUGUGUCGCUUCCUACAUGGGAAAUUCAUACUCGGCUGCCACCGAAUUCAUCCCAUCCGGCGAUCAUUUGGGCUUCGUUCUCGCAGUCGAUGCUCACUAUGAUCCGAAGGAAGGUAUUGAACGCCCAGACGAAUCUCCCGGCUACCACGGACAAAUGCGCAUUCAGGGUAAUCUGAUUUGGGGAGAUCUCUAUGCAAUGCUGUCGUCCCAGUCUGCUUUAUUAGAGGACCUCUGGCCUCUGGCCAUCAACCACCCAAACGGGGUCUACACUGGUCCCACUGUUCCCAUGCAAGCAAAAUGCUGGAGAAUCCAGAAUAGGAUGCGAUUGACUUUGAUCCAGAAGCUUGUAGAAUAUGCAGAGGCAAAGAUAAAUGGGACGGCAUCACCGCCACCACCAGCCCCACCCUCAGGACCUGCACGAAGCGAAUCGAAUGCCGCCCUUCGGGCGUACCUGCUACGACAGUUUGCGCGGGAUAUGCGGCGUGAAGGUAACUUACAACAUGCAGUGUUAGCCGAAGAAGCAAUGAAUUUGCGGCCUGACGAAGAGCCGGACUGGGACAGGAUUCAACGGCGCUUGGACGCUGAGGCUGAAGGGGGGAAUGAGCCGGAGUCAAAUAUGCGAGAUAGAGAGGGCCCUGAUAAUGGGUGUGCCCCUCAAUAGACAUCGUAAGAAAAGAUGUGUAUGAACUUAAUACGGGGUAGACGAAGCUACUCUCUUCUUUCACAUUGUCAAUUGGAUUCCCUUGGCCUUCAU